CGCAGCUUUAAUCAGACAUGGAGAAGCUUUGCAGGUGUCUCCUGAUCCUACUGGGACUUUUAUCAGUUCAGGAGAAGGCAAAGGGAACAGAAGAGAACUCAGCACGAUUGGGCGUAAGCAGUCAGUCGUCAAAUUACGACGGGCUUGUCUCAUCAUAUGCUGUUGAUGGUCUGCGUGAUUCCUAUUCCCAUACAAACGCACAGACAGACCCGUGGUGGAGAGUUGACCUGUUAAACGUGUACAAGGUCAACAGAGUGGUCAUCACUAACAAAGACAGUUCCUAUUAUUAUACUCGGAUAAAUGGGGCCGUGAUUCGUGUUGGAAACGUUUCUCAAGACUUUUACAGCAACCCCAUAUGUGCUGUGAUUUCUACGAUUCCAUCCAAUACCACUGAGACCUUCUAUUGUGAUGGUAUGGAGGGACGUUACGUGCACAUUCAUAUUCCUGGAGAUGGCAAGAUUAUGACCGUCAAAGAGAUUGAAGUCUACGGGUUCAUCGCAGGAAAUGUUGCAUUAGAUGGAGUGGCAACACAAUCCUCAACAUUUGAAGACUGGUCUGCUGACAGAGGAAUCGAUGGAGAUCGAGGUCUCCUGCAGCAGAAUACCGGCUGCGCUGAAACCGCUCCUGGGAAUAGUAACCCCUGGUGGAGACUGGAUCUGCGUGACGUGUACCAUGUGAUCAGAGUCGUCAUCACAAACGGAAAUGACUGCUGUCCAGAGCGAGUAAACGGAGCCGAGAUUCGCAUCGGAAACUCUCUGGAGAACAACGGCAACAACAAUCCCCUAUGUGCUGUUAUUCCUGGUAUUCCAGCAGGUCAGUCCUAUACCUACCCAUGUGGUGGAAUGGUGGGACGUUAUGUGAAUGUGUUCCGUCCUGGAACUGACAAGAUUCUUACAAUGUGUGAGGUGGAGGUCUAUGUUGAAGACAUCUGUAAACAGAGAGCAGCUGUAAAGAUGCGGUUCAGCUCCAAAGAGGAUUUGACUGACUCUACAAUAGCAGAAAACAUCCUUCAACAGUUGGGAUCUAUUCUGGCUGGCAGAGGAUUUAAAGACGUGAUAGUGCAGUGGUCUCAACCCCCUCAACAGGACGUGAUCAAAGUGGAAGAAAAACGUCCUUGCAGUUAAUCAAAUGGAAUCAAGACUGUCUUUGAAAAGACACAGAGAAAUCUUUCAGCUGAAAUUCUUUUGGGACAAUAUUACAGACAUUUCCAGACAAAUAAGUUCAAUGUUGUAAAUGUGUUCCAGAUUGAAUUCACAGUGGUGAAUAAACAGAUAAGAGUUUGCGUUACGAUAUUUCUGUUAAACAUCUUCAUGAUUAGUUUUAUUAGGCUAUAGCUACAUAAAGACUUUCACUCACUUUUAUCAUUCAGAACUGCUACAUUUGCAAUGAUGUUAAAGUUUUAAUUUAAGCUGUUGGAUAUUAAAUAGACCAAUUUCACUAUAUUAGGAAACUGCUUCGCAGCAGCAAAAAGUAUAUUACGCUACAGAUUAGAGCCUAUAGAAUGCUUUAUUAAUCUUAAUAUAUUAAACACAAAGAUGGAUUUUUGUAUGUUUAUCUGUUUUGUACACUCUGACUGCUAACUCAUUAAAGUGUUUUGAAUUACA